AAAUAUGAAAUGAAAGAUUGAAACAUUAGAACAGAAGAAACCAUGUCUUAUGUGUGCAUUGUGAACGUGUGGCUUCUGUGUGUUUGUGUUUGUAAUAUUUGUACCGUGUGCACCCCUAUUCCCAUUGACCCGGUUACAAGCUUACAAGAUAAUGCAAUUGAUGAAAUAAAUGACGACAUUCCAGUAGAUAAACGAUCUGUAAGGUUAUGUAAAGGACACCCUGAUGUGCUGCAGUGUAUUCGAUCUUAUUUCUCAAGCAGAUUUAAACUUAUGCACCGUGCUGUGAAAGAUCCUGUGGACCUGCGUAACAUUGGAAAACGCGGGAAAAGGUUUUCGGGCCAGAUGGUUACAGAUGAUCAACAAUGGCGUCUGGAUCGACUGAAUAAUUUGUACGAAGCCAUGGUUAAGAAGGCUGCCAGUGAUUUUCGAAAUAUUGGAAAGAAACGGGCUCCUUUUGAUUUCAGAAGCAUCGGUAGAAGAAGUGUUGCUGCCGAUUUCAGAAACAUUGGAAAAAGGUAUUUCGGUGCAGACUGGAGGAACAUCGGUAAACGACUCUCAGGAGAUUUCCGAAACAUUGGUAAAAGAAGUUUUGCCGCCGAUUUUAGAAAUAUAGGAAAAAGAGGUUUUGCGGCAGAUUUUAGAAAUAUUGGCAAAAAACGUUAUGCAGCAGAUUUUCGUAAUAUUGGAAAACGACUUGGAGUUGACUUCCGAAACAUUGGAAAAAGGACGCUAUCUAAUAUGGAUAAUGAUAUGGCUUUAGAUGACGAAAUUUUGUCUUUACUUUGCCCAGACUCAAUUUCUCUUGUAGAGUGUUCAGAUAGAAUGGCUAUCAAUGCAUAAUGUUUGAAAUAUUUAUUAUAUGAAAUAAAAAAUACAAAUAAACAUAAA